UGAACUUUAAAGGACUUUUUUUUUUCUUUCCGUUUUUUUUAACGGAAUCAGAUUGCAACUCAUCUUUAUUUCACCAGCAUUAAUAAUACAUAGACUUUGCUACUGGUCAGUGUACAAUUACAGAAACUUUGACCCUAGGCAGGAGGCGAUCAGGUUAGCCGGGACUGAAAUGCCUCCUGGAUAAAGGUGGCUUUAUUUUAAUUUUUUUUUUUUAAAAAAAAAAGUGAAAAUCUGCCUGUUUUUAUUCUUAAUCCUGUGUGUAAAGCUGAUUGAAAGAUCAACGGUGGAGCACAGACAGAUGAAUUGAAACAGUCUCCAUGUGGGAGAGAGGCUUUAAGUGAGAACGUCACGUCUCUCAUUUGGAGUGUUUCCUCAAAGCUGGGAUGAAAAAUGGGGCCGUGAAGACGCUCGGGUAAAAAAAAACACCGUUGUUGUUAGUCGUACCGAUGGAUUACAGGCGUAAGAGGAAACUUUCUUUGGUCACAAUUGGACUGCUGUUUUUCCUGAGUGGUAUUGAAUAUGCUGUUAUCCUUCCCACUAUCUGGAGGUAUCUUCAGAUUCUCGAAGCUCCGCCGUAUUUCCUUGGGCUCGGUCUGUCGGCGUUUAGCUUCAGCGGACUCGUGACGGGGCCGAUAUUCGGACGCUGGUCUGAUAAAACCCGCACUACAAAAUCCAUCAUUCUUUUCUCUAACCUCUUUGAGAUUGUGGGGAACUUCAUGUACUUCAUUGGCUACUCAAAAUGGCUUCUACUGUCCAGUCGCCUUGUCGCAGGUAUUGGCGCCGGCGCAGGUUCAUCCAUCUUUGGCUUCCUGACGUGGACCACCGUUCCUGAAGAACGAGCAGGAGUGUUCGCCGCUGUGAUGGCAUCACGCCAAGCCGGACUCCUGAUCGGACCUGCUUUUAACAUUUUCCUGCGACUGUGUGAUUUCCGAUUGGGACCGUUCAUUGUGAACAAGUACACCGCUCCCGGGCUCUUCAUGUGUGCCAUGUGGCUGGUGCUCCAGUUAGCUGUGGUUCUGCUGUACUCGGACAUCCCUCCGCUGGACUCCAUGGCUGAGACGUACACUGCCCUCCGUCACGUCAGGGAAGAAGAGGAGCAGCCGCUUGUGUGCUCUCAGGAUGAAGGUGGAACACCAGGGUCUGGAUCCUACGCCAUGGUGCUGUCCGAUCAGGCUGAGACGCGGCUUUCAGAAGAAGUCGAGCCAUCUGAGGCUGGAGUGACGCCUCGGUCCGACAGCCCUCGCCCCCUGGAUGACCCUUACGAGAAUUUCAGUGCCAGUCAAGAAUUCCUAAAGGAGGAGGUGGUGGUUCUGCUCACCGCGCAGUUUAUCACGCUUUUUAAUCAGACCGCACUCGAGACCAUGGUAACGCCGAUGACACAGAAGUACUUCGGCUUUGGUGAGCUGGGGAACAGUGUGAUGUAUGGGCUGUGCGGCGUGGAGGUGAUCGCCGGGUUUUUCCUCGUGCGCUGGCUGAGCUGCAUGCUGAAGGAUCGCGUGCUGCUGGCCGCUGGGCUGCUUGUGAGCUGCGUGGCCUGCGUCUGGUGCCUCGUCUUCCUCGCUAACCCCAAGGGUGGCUUUGCUCUGGAGCUGACUGAGUUCAUUAUUGGGGUGUUCCUGCAGCUGCUAGGGCUUCCCUUUGUUGCAGUGUCCCAGGUGUCCCUCUUCUCCAAAGUCACUGCAGAGAAGACGCAAGGCUUUAGUCAAGGUGUACGCCGCUCUGUCGGAGGUCUUGCCACCAUCUUGGGUCCCCUCUGGGCUGGUGGUUUAACUGGAAACUUGUAUGUGAUGCUGGGAAUGAUGCUGUUUCUCCUCACGCUCAUUAUGAUAAUGAUGGCGCUGUCUUACGAUAAACUGGUGGAACCUCCCGCGGUGCAGCACGCAGACGACUCCGAGAGUGAAGGAUAAUCACCGUUCACUCGUCAAACUCUACAGAUUUCCAUUCAGGACGGAGGCUCGCGGUGGUCCGUCUGGCCCGGGGUUGGGGUGUGUGUGGUGCUCGGUGGAACAGAUGCUGGAGCGGUGGUAGAUACCGGGCUCGUGCCAGGAGCAGCAGACCUCAGACAGCAAGA